UUGGCAGACAAUGGCUGUCCAAAGUGAUAAAGCUUAUAAGACAAUUGAAAAUGAUGGGUUUGCCUAUGAUUAUAUCAGCUUGGCAUCUUCAAAGAAAACAAAGAGAAGAAAAAAUCAAAGUUGCGAUUGUGGAGCUACCUCUGAAGAAUAUAGAUUCUGUACAAGUGAACAAAAUGGUGAAGAAAACCCACUCCUGAUGCCAAGGUAAGCAUCUUUACUUCUGAUGCCAAGCUCUUUUUUCGCAAUAAACACAGAGCAAGAAAAAACCAUAUCCAUGGCAGCAACAGCAAUGUCUGCCGAUAGCAAACCGUAUGACCGUCUCAAAGAUAUCGAAGCAUUCGUCGAAUCAAAGGCCGGAGUGAAGGGCCUUGUCGAUUCGGGCAUCACCUCCAUUCCUCCCUUCUUCAUCCACCCACCUGACAGUCUAUCAACCAUAGCCCCAACUUCCUCCAAUCCUAAUAUCAUUCCCACCGUCGAUCUCUCCGGCGUUGACUCGGACAAAAGGCCUGUGCUAGUCCAACAAGUAGCACGUGCCUGUCGCGAGUUGGGUUUCUUCCAGAUUGUAAAUCAUGGGAUUCCAUUGAAGGUCAUGGAAAACAUGAUUGGAGCUAUAAAGUCGUUUAACGAGCAGCCAACGGAGAUCAAGUCACGCAUAUAUGGUUCCAAACGCAGUGUAACUUUCGGUUGUCACAUUGGCACGUUAAAAGCUGCAUCUUGGAGAGAUACCCUGCAUUUUUUGCCAUCUCGUAGCAAUUUUGAGCCAGAGGAAAUCCCAGAGAUAUGCAGAGAUGAGGUUCUGGAGUGGGAUAACGAGGUCAAACAGGUGGGAGAGGUGUUGAUGGGGUUAUUAUGCGAGGGGCUGGGACUGGAAAAAGGAAAGUUUAAGAAGAUGAUGUUCUUAGAAGGAAGAUCAAUUGUGUGCCACUACUAUCCAUAUUGUCCUCAGCCUGAGUUAACCUUUGGAUCUAAAUCUCAUACAGAUCCCUCGGUGUUGACGAUACUUCUGCAAGACCACGUAGGUGGUUUGCAAGUGAAGCACAAUGGGGAAUGGGUGGAUGUUAAGCCUGUCUCGGGAGCUCUUGUUAUCAAUGUCGGCAACAUACUUAAGAUUCUUACUAAUGAUGAGUACAAGAGUGCAGAGCACAGAGUGUUGGCUAAUUCUUACCACGAACCACGGGCUUCAGUUGCAGUUUUUUUCAACACCAGCAUCCACGAUGACUUGUAUGGACCAUUUGAGGAAUUAAUAUCAACAGACAAGCCAGCUUUGUAUCAGCCGUUCACGUUAUCAGAUUUUAUGAAGAGAUAUAUCACAGAAGAUUUGGGUGGCAAAGCUUUAGAAAAUCACUACAGGCUUUAAGCCAUAUAUAAAUCAGCCAACACUCUACCCCUAAUCUUAAAAUUUUCAAAGCUUGUAGCUCUUUGCAGAUUGUUGGAGCCACGUCUGUGUGCUGCAUAUGUGGCAUGUGUGACUGUUUUCUGGUAUGUUGUAUUAUAAUGUCUUAUGUCUUGUUGGUAAGGUUAAGAAUUUGUAGGGAGCUAGCUGCUCCUUGUGUAUUCUGUC